CUGAACCGCAGAAAAUCGGAAGUCGAUUUUCUACGUACUUUAAUAGUUUACUUUUCCUGUCACUCUUUUUGAAUGUGAAUUCUUUUGAAACUUUCUCUCUAUGUCGAACAAAAUAGUAUUAUCUUAGUUGAUUUUUCGAGUCUUUUGAAGCUUAAUAGUUUUGUCCUCAAGCAUGGAAAUGGUUUGAAUUAUUGUUGAUUUUCAGACUUCAUUAACUUUGAUGCCUGUCCAAACACCCUACAUUCCACAAAAUAGGCCUAGGUCUACUUUAUUCUUUUGAUUUUUGAACGGCUUAAACUGAUGCUAUUUUUAUGCACUGUAAAAAUUUAAGUACCAACUGAUCAAAUAGUGAAGAGGCUUUCAAUUUUUUAUGCAAGUAUUCGAUAACUGCAUCAGGAUCAUUAUGAAUUAUUUAGGACUAGUAAGACUUUACUUUUGUCUUGCUGUUCUUUUGAGUACGAAAUUUUUUGAAGUAAAUUCUACAACUAUUUAUACUAAUACAUAUGCAGUACAUGUAGAGGCUGGCAAAGAAGCAGCUGAUGAAGUUGCAGCUAUGCAUGGAUUUAUAAAUAUGGGUGAGAUCAUAGAUAAUCAUUUCCAUUUUAUUGAUCAACGAGAACGAACAAAAAGAUUUGUGCAACCGUCAUCACACAGACAUCUCCAUCUUCAAUCUCAUCCUCACGUUAAAUGGUUUGAACAACAAACAGUAAAGUCCAGAAAGAAAAGGGGGCAUUUACCUGGGGAUAAUUUCUCAUUUGACCAUUUACCUGGGCACACCACACCAUCCAGUGUGAAUUUCAUUGAUCCAUUAUGGAAGGAUACAUGGUAUUUGUUGGCCUUAGUACAGAUCAUGGCUAGUGAUAGAAUGGGUCAAAGUUGGCCAGAGAGCGCGACCACAGCUAGUUUAUUCUCUUCCUCUACUCGCCUCUUAGUAGCUCUGGAUUUUAACUGUUCUGAAAUGUUUGAAACUCAAGCUAAGACUGACUUCCUGGCCAUAUGUUUAGAUAGCAUGUUAGCCUGCUGUUCCAACCAGCAAAGAAUUGUAAACUGCAGGUAUAAAUUGACUGGUAACUAG